AUGGCUGGACCGAACGACAACCAUCGAUUCUCGGUCCUAAUCAUCAACCCAAACACAUCAACCCACAUGACGAACGCACUCAAACCCAUCCUAGAGAGCUUGGAUUAUGCAGAUAUCUACUUCAAUUACUUCACGGCGCCUUCCAUGCCCAGCAUCAACUCGGGAGAGGAUUCCAUCACAUCAGCCUUGCAUUGCAGGCCUUUUGUCGAGCCGCUUGUUCCAAAAUAUGACGCAUUUCUUGUGGCAUGUUAUUCCGCUCAUCCAUUAGUGGGCAUGCUAAAAGAGGCGAUCACAGAAAAAGACUCCACAAUACCGGAGUACCGAAAGAAAUAUGUGACAGGCAUAUUCGAAGCAAGUGUCUUGACCUCUCUCUCCCUGGUUAGCUCUUUCCAUCUAAUGGGAGACGCAAAUCUUCAUAAAGCCCAAUCGAGGGACACAUUCGGCAUAAUGAUAGUGAAUUCUGGUGGCGGCGGCGGCUCUACCGCUCGCUUUGCCGGUGUGGAGACCACUGGAUUGACAGCUAGUGAAUUACAUACUGCGCCUGCCGAAGAGGUGAGCAGAAGGAUCAGCGAUGCGACAGAGAGGCUCAUCAAGAGCACGUCACAUCCUGUAAGUGCCAUUUGUAUGGGGUGUGCAGGAAUGGCAGGCAUGGAGGAAGCGGUGCGAGAUGGCUGUAUCAGGGCAUAUGGUGAACGACAAGGCCGACGAGUGAGGAUAGUGGACGGCGUAGUCGCCGGGGCAGGCAUGCUUGUGACGGCCUGCAAGGCAGGAUUCUGA